AUGGCCGGUCGGCAGUUGCAUCUUUUACAGAGCAACUUGUCGCUAAACCGUCUUAACCAACUUCCCAGAAAAAGGAGAACUUUCCGCCGGCAGCUUGACCCGUUAACGUCGUACACCGACUCCGAGUUAAGAUGUCGAUAUCGUUUUGGGCGAGAUGCAAUUAACUACAUCGUUGGACUUGUUGCAGAUGACAUUAUGCCUGAAACGAACAGAAACCACGCCGUUUCAGCGGAGAUGCAAGUGUUGAUUACCCUUAAAUUAGGUACUUGGCGUCAGGUUCGUUUCUUUAAGUAAUCGGAGACACAUUUUUAGGCUUCGACAAAUCAACUGUCAGCUGAGUUGUACGUCGUGUCACACAGGCCUUAUCUGAAAAGGUUGGCGAUUUCAUCAAAUUUCCGUCAACGAGAGCUGAAAGAGACGAAAUAAAGCAAGGUCUUUUUCGUGUUGGUGGAUUUCCGUGUGCCAUUGGCUGUAUCGAUGGUACACACGUGAGAAUAACAGCCCCUCACGAAAAUGAGCCAGACUUCGUGAACCGUAAAGGUUAUCACUCGAUCAAUGUGCAGGCAAUCUGA